AUGCCCCCCAAACUCCGCGUCCUCCACAUCGGCGACAACAUCAAAUACAACCACGAUGUCUACGCACGCUUCGCCUCGGAAUUCGAAAUCAUCCAGCCCUCCGCUGAAGAGCGCGAAAGGGAAGAGUUCAUGCGCGCCCUGAAAGAGCGCCGCUGGGGUGACUUCCACGCCAUCUUCCGCCCGUUCUGGAACACAGGCGGCGAAAUGGGCCGGUGGGAUCGAGAACUGAUCCCGCUACUGCCCAAGUCCGUGAAGAUCAUGGCGUCCGCUGGCGCUGGGUAUGAUUGGGCAGAUGUAGAUGUUUUUGCAGAAUAUGGAAUCCUCUACUGCAACGGCGCGGCCGCAUCCUCCGAAUCCGUUGCCGACAUGACCCUUUUCCUCAUUCUCGCCGUCUUCCGCAACCUCUCCUGGUCCCAUGCCGCCGCCAUCUCUACAAACCCUACAACCUUCACCGACGCCCACAAAAACUCGCCCCUAACAGCCCGCAAUCCCCGAAACCACACCCUAGGCAUAAUCGGCCUAGGCCAAAUCGGCUACACAAUCGCCCAAAAAGCCCACGCUGCGUUCGGCAUGAAAAUCGCCUACCACGACCUCAUCCGCAAGUCUCCCGACCUCGAAUCCCAGGUUGGGGCCACCUAUUACGAUACCCUAGAAGGGCUAUUGGGGAACGCAGACUGUGUGGUCAUUGCCACGCCCUUCGCGGGUAAGACAUUAAUGACGCUGGAGCGGUUUAGGCAGUUUAAGAAGGGGGCGAGGUUUAUUAAUAUUGCGCGGGGGUCAUUGGUGGAUGAGGAGGCGCUCGUGCAGGUGCUUGAUGAGGGGCAUCUUUCUGGGGCUGGGUUGGAUGUGCAUGCGAAUGAGCCGAAUGUGCAUCCGAGGGUGGUGAGGCAUUCGAGGGUUAUGGCUAUGGCGCAUAAUGCCGGAGGGACGGUGGAUACACAUAUUGGGUUUGAGAGGUUGGCGAUGGAGAAUAUUGAGGGGUUUUUGUUGAGGGGGAAGGCUUUGACGCCGGUCAAUGCACAUUUGAUUAAAAGCAAGAGUUCUUUGUAA